AUGGAGAAAUACGAGGUAUUAGGUGAAAAAGAAUGGUACUUCUUCACUCCAAGGGACCGAAAGUAUCGAAAUGGAAGCCGACCAGAUCGAAAAGCCGGUGAUGGUUAUUGGAAGGCCACUGGAGCUGAUAAGCUCGUGAAAUGUAAGGGUGUCACAGUUGGAUAUAGGAAGGCAUUGGUUUUCUAUGAAGGAAGACCUCCUAAGGGGAACAAGACUAAUUGGAUCAUGCAUGAAUAUAGAGUAGAUGAGCCUCCUAGGAAAAGAAGUGGUGGAAAUAGCAUGAGGCUUGAUGAUUGGGUUUUAUGUAGGAUCUAUAAGAAAGCUGAUACAUCCCCCAAAAAUCGAAAACGAGAUCGUGAAGGUGAGCUUGUUGGAUAUGCCAAAGAGUUGGUAGAUGGAAAUUCUGUCAACAACAGCCAUCUCGAGGGAUUGACUUACGAUUACAAUGACAUGAAUGGAUUUAUCAACAUGUAUGACAACGAUGAGCAAUCUCCUCUGCAAAAUGUUCUUACCGAAAUUCCUCAUUUUAUGGAUGCUUCUCUCUCAAACAUGGUCGAGUUCAAUGGUCAUCUUCAGCCUAGUUACAAUUAUGGACCACAGCCAACUUAUUUUGGCCUUCCUGUGUAUCCCACAGAGAACACUUCCAUGCCCAAAUAUCUCAAAGAAGAUGCUUGUGUCUCCAAGCUAAAAGGAUUUCAAGACGACAUUUGGAGCAUUCCAAAUAUUGAUAAUGGCGAAAUAUCUUCACAGUUUGGUUUUUCCAAUAUGACUUAUACUGAGCCUCCUAUGAAUUUGGAUUAUGUUGUACACAACAUGGCCCCAAACAAUCCUCCAAACAACCCUCCAAGUAACCCUUAG